AUCAUAAGCAAGGCUGCAACUUUUUUUCUUUUUUAUUAAAAUCAAUCAUAUGAAGCUUUUGGGUUAACUAGGUUUCGUGUUUGUGCGCCUUUUUCAUCUAAGUUUUUUGUUCGGCGCAGAAUUGAGGGUUGAAAUCUAUGCUCCUUUUCUCGUCCCAUUUCCAGACUUGCCGGGAUUUUCUCCGAUUCUUCCUCUGUCUAAAGUUUUUCAUUUUUAUUCAUAUAAAAGCACAUGGAUUUUUGGGGAAUCCCAGAAGCAAUUUCGUUACCAAGUAACGGGGAUUUGAAGGUGAAGAUGUAUUUGGUGGAUGGUAAAGCCGGCGCCAUAGCUUGUAUGCUCUUGUCCCUGCUGUUCUUGGGGACAUGGCCUGCAUUUAUUACACUCCUGGAAAGGCGUGGCCGUCUCCCUCAGCACACUUAUCUCGAUUACACCAUCACUAACCUCGUCGCCGCUGUAAUAAUCGCUUUUACCUUUGGUGAAAUCGGACACAGUAGCAAUCCUGACAGGCCCAAUUUCAUCGACCAGCUGUCUCAGCAUAACUUAUCCAGUGUGCUGUUCGCAAUGCUCGGCGGAAUUUUCCUCAGCUUAGGAAACCUGUCGUCUCAAUAUGCCUUCGCCUUCGUCGGUUUGUCGGUAACCGAGGUUAUCUCUGCCAGCAUAUGUGUUGUAAUAGGCACGACGCUGAACUACUUCUUGGAUGACAAGAUCAACCGCGCCGAGAUUCUUUUCCCCGGAGUCGGAUGCUUCUUGAUUGCAGUCUUUUUAGGCUCUGCUGUUCAUAAAUCCAAUGCUAAGGAUAAUGAAGCUAAGCUCACCGGCGCAUCCCAUGACUACGGGAAUGUGAUGAAAACCGAAUCCGGAGGGAAACAAACGUAUGCAUUGAGGGGUAAGACCGCGUCAUAUACGCGUGUUUAUGAUACAAGUGAAGAAGCCACAUCACCCAACUCUGUUUUUCCUUGCAUAGCAGACGAUCUGGAGACCGGAACUGAUGCUUCCGGGAAGAAGGCGAAGUUCGGGACCGCAGGUUUUCUUAUAGAGCUCGAGAACAAAAGAGCCAUUAAGGUGUUCGGAAGAAGCACUCUUAUCGGGCUGGCCCUAACUUUCUUCGCGGGUCUCUGUUUCUCCCUGUUUUCUCCGUCGUUCAACUUGGCCACGAACGAUCAGUGGCAUACGUUGAAAGACGGGAUCCCACAUUUGAGCGUCUACACCGCAUUCUUCUACUUCUCGAUAUCGUCUUUCACGAUCGCCACCGUCCUCAACCUCAGCUUCUUGUAUUACCCUGUCUUAAAUCUGCCGAAAUCAUCGUUCAAGGCGUAUCUCAUGGACUGGAACGGCCGAGGCUGGGCCUUCCUGGCGGGCAUACUGUGCGGGUUCGGAAAUGGGCUUCAAUUCAUGGGCGGGCAGGCUGCGGGAUACGCAGCAGCGGAUGCUGUACAGGCGCUUCCGCUGGUGAGCACAUUUUGGGGCGUGGUGUUGUUCGGGGAGUACAGGAGAUCGUCGAGGAGGACGUACAUACUUUUGGUGAGCAUGCUGGCGAUGUUCGCCGUUGCAGUGGCGAUCCUCAUGGCGUCGUCGGGGCAGCGCAAGCAAGUUAAGAGUGCUUGAAGAGGUUCUUCUUCAUCAAUGCAGCUGUUGCAAUAUUGGCAGGGCUUGAGAUCGGAUGUCUACCUGAAUGAAUCAAUGCCUGCAAUAAUAAAGACAACGUUUUUAAGGAAUGGGAUGGGGACGAUGAAUAAUGUAUGUAUGGAAGCCUAGCUAGCUCUCUGUAGUUAUAGUCCUCACUGUGUGAGAUUCUUAUUGUUGUUGUUACGAAUUGGGUUUAUCUUCUUAUCUGUAUUGCUAUCUUUUAAAUUCAAGGUUUGAGAAAAGUAUCCAAAAA